UCGUCUGAAGAAAACAGAAAGACGAGAAGGGAGAAAAGAUGCCGAUGCAACAAAUGGGUUCCAAGAGGGGACAAUUGUUUUCGGGAGAGCUUUUGAAAAAGGGUCAGGUCUUGAUUCUCAAGUCACAGACGGGACCAAUAAAUCAUCCUCAAACGCUUAUGAGGAGGAUGAAGGUGAUUAUCAAGCAGACGCUGCAGGCUGGAUGAGCCCAACACAAGUGGCCAGUCCCCAAGACUCAUCAUGGAAGAGCAUGUCGCCCUCACUGCAGUGUGGUUCGGGCCAGUUGAAGUUCAGAGCGGUGGAACCAGGAGCAUCACAAUUUGCAGUAGAACAAGGAAAUGCACCUCCAAUGCCUCUGUCCCAGGUCCCGUCUACCUGUGGCUACAGCAUGCAGAGGAACUCACAUGCACUUGUCAUGUUGGUUCCCUAUGAUGGCUGCAACAUGGUUCAAGAGGGUGGAAGUUAUGUACUCCCGAUGCGUUGGCAAGGAAUUCCAGUAUCUCUCUGGUGUUCCAAACCUGCCUCAACUCCUGCUUCCAAAACGACUUCCCCCAAUUCCCCUGUAGCUCAGAUGCCUCAAUACCCUCAGAUUCCUCAAUUCCCUGAUAUACCACAGAUGCCUCAAUUCCCUGAGAUGCCUCAGAUGCCUCAAUUCCCUGAGAUGCCUCAGAUGCCUCAAUUCCCUGAGAUGCCUCAGAUGCCUCAAUUCCCUGAGAUGCCUCAGAUGCCUCAAUUCCCUGAUAUACCUCAGAUGCCUCAAUUCCCUGAGAUGCCUCAAAACCCUGAGAUGCCACAAAACCCUGGGAGGCCUCAAUUCCCUGGGAGGCCUCAAUUCCCUGAGAGGGCUCAAUUCCCUGAGAGGCCUCAAUCCCUGAGAGGCCUCAAUUCCCUGAGAGGCCUCAAUUCCCUGAGAGGGCUCAUUACCUGA